AUGGCCUGCCCGCCUCUGGCCCUCCUUCUGCUGGGGGCCCUCCUGGCAGCCUUCCAGCCAGCCCUGACCAAGCCAGAAGCACUGCAGGUCUUCCCAGGCCAAGUGGCCCAACUGUCCUGCACCAUCAGCCCCCGUUACGCCAUCAUCGGGGACCUCGGCGUGUCCUGGUAUCAACAGCGAGCAGGCAGCGCCCCCCGCCUGCUCCUCUACUACCGCUCAGAGGAGGACCAACACCGGGCCCCUGGCAUCCCGGACCGCUUCUCCGCAGCUGCGGAUGCAGCCCACAACACCUGCAUCCUGACCAUCAGCCCCGUGCAGCCCGAAGAUGAUGCUGAUUAUUACUGCUUUGUGGGCGACUUAUUCUAG